CCCUCAACGUUGCCCAGCGACCGAUGUACUGUCGACAAGAAUUUCCUUGUUCUUGAUGCAGUGGUCUCCUCCGGAGCGGGAUCCUACAAAGACCUUCAAAUACUACUCAUGCCCCGCUAUCAGCCGACAUUGAAAAAUGCUCUGCGCGCUCUUUGGUCCGUCGAUAUUCUGCCGCACCCCGCAAGAACACUUGGAGAGCCAAUGGAGGCGAAAUACCCAACUACCACCCACACCUCCUGAGCGACACGUCCGUGUUUAUUUAUUCCUCGAGUGGCAAGAAGGACGCGAUGAUAAGGAGCUUCUCGACGGCCUGCUGUACUUAAAAGCAGACGUGCCGCUUGAACCUACGGGUAAACUCUCACUCCUGCGCAUACGUGCGAUGUGGGGCCUGGAGAACUGUAUUCCAAUAGACCAAUAUCGACGUAUGGCUUUCAAAGCAGCCCACCCUCAUUACCUGUCGCCCAUUGCUAUUGGGGUGCUCGCAGACGAAAACGGCGUGCUGAAGUUGUUUGAACCUAGACCAUCUGAUUCCACCAUCGCCAUGCGGGAGAAGCGCAUGCAGUAUGUGAGGCGAUACCAGGCAGAAACCACUUGGUUGUAUGAAACCGCGAUUCAAAAAGCGGACGAAGCUAUCAGCAGUAAGAAAAUGUUCUUCGUGUUGGUUGUGUUGGUGAUCUGUAUGGUCGAGGCUCUGGUACGCUUCAUGGACAGGUCGAACCAGUUGGAGACUUGCUUAUGGACACCUUGGGCAUUGUGGCCCGAAUUCAAGAACGAGUAUGCCCGCAGUCGUCUGAUGGAUGACCAUGGUUUCUUUUAUUGCAUGGGACAUUAGCUACCCUUUCACGUCAUUCGCAACACUGCACGUUCCUGUCCUCAUAUCAACUGAACAGUUAGUCGUGUACGCUCCCUGUAUUUUCUCCCCAUGUUUUAGCGUUCCUAAAUUAAAUCAUGGCCUUGUGCAUGUACUGUCACCAGCAGCCGACAUAUUUGCUCAUCAGUGUUACAGCUGUAC